UUUUAAAUUAUUAUUAUUAAUUUUUGUCUGUUUGUCCUUCCGGUUCUGGCGGAAGUGACGCAGAAUGUAAACGAGCAAAACAUCCACAUGUGACCAGCGUGUUGGACCCAUAGAAGUCUAUGGUCGCUUCAUUAACAUCUUUAUCUUUAUUAAACUCCUCUAAAGGACCGGAGAGACCCCCAUACGGACCACCAGACCCCCGGACGGACCCGGACCGGAGGAUGACCGACCCGGGACUCUACCCUCCUCCGGACUUCGGCGGCCCGGCCCCGGCGCCCCUCCAGCGGCCCCGGAGCGGCUUCCAGCCCGGCAUGUGGAGCUGGGCCGAGCCGGCCUCGGAGCCCGCCUGGGACCGCUGGACCUCCGGACCGGCGGCCUGGACCCCCGGACCAGCGGGCUGGAACCCCGGACCCGGUCCCGGACCGGCCGCUGGGUCCGGCUUCUACCAGGGACAGCAGCACGGGCCAAACUUUCAGCGUGAGUGGCAUCGAGGAGGAUUCAGACAGAACUACGGAGCCCACAACCACCACAGAAAGCAGAAACAGAAGAAAGAAGCAGAGUUUUCUCAUUUCUGUGACACGUGCGACCGCGGCUUCAAGAACCAGGAGAAGUACCAGGAGCACGUCUCUCAACACGUCAAGUGCUCCGUGUCUGACUGCAGCUUCAUGGCUCAUGAGAAGAUCGUCAGCAUCCACUGGAAGAACAACCACGCGCCCGGAGCCAAGAGGAUCAAACUGGACACGCCGGAGGAGAUCGCCAAGUGGAGAGAGGAGCGCCGCAGAAACUUUCCAACCCUGCAGAACAUGGAGAAGAAGAGGAGAGUGAUGGAGGUCCGGGAGGAGACGGGAGCCGUCCUGGACACGCCUCAGUUUGGGAGGAUGAGAGGACGGGGACGGGGACGGGGACGAGGACGGGGUCGAGGCUGGGGUCCCAGAGGCUCCCAGGGGGGCCCUCCUCGGGACCCCCGGGGCCCUCAGCCCUCAGACGGGCCCCUGGCCCCCCGGGCCCCGGGGCCCUGCAGGGACGGGGACCCUCUGGGAGCUUUGGCCAGCAGUGAUCACGACUCGGACCGGGAGGACCCGGCUCCGGGGUCCGGGGCCCCUGGUCUGGUUGUGGCUCCCAAACAGCUGAGCUCUGCUCUGGGCUCGCUGAUGGCCAACUACGGCUCCAUGAGCGAGAGUGAAGAGGAACCAGAGGCCGUCCCCAUCCAGAGAGCUAGAGACCUGGUCCAGGAGAACAGAGCCCUGCUACAGACCGUAGAGCUGAACUCUCAGGACUCUAACAGCCAGGAGAGAUCUGCCAAGACAAACACAAGAUUUCACACACCAGACCACAGCAGAGGAAGAGGAGGAGGAAGAGGAAGGGGGAGAGGAAGAGGAAGAGGAAGAGGAGGAGGCCAGGACUCCCCUCAGGCCCGUCGAGCCACUCUCCUGGAGAUGCUCCUGGCUUCAGAUAUUCGCCACGAGAGGAACGUGCUGCUGCAGUGUGUCCGCUACGUCGUCUCCAACAACUUCUUUGGGCUGGAGAUGAAGAACGAGACGAAGAGGAGAGACACACCGGUUGUCCUGAAAACUGUCCCGGCUGCAGAGCAGAAGGAGGAGCAGAAGCCUCGGAGACGAUCAGCAGCAGGAGGAGAUGAAGAGGAUCUAGAAACAACCUCAGAUCCUCCUGCAGCGUCUUCAGAUCCUCCUGCAGCAGCGUCUUCAGAUCCUCGAGUAGCUUCUUCAGAUUCUCCUGCAGCGUCUUCAGAUCCUCCAGUAGCAUCCUCAGAUCCUCCUGCAGCUUCUUCAGAUCCUCCUGCAGCAUCUUCAGAUCCUGCAGCUUCUUCAGAUCCUGCAGCAGCGUCUUCAGAUCCUGCAGAUCUUCCUGCAGCUUCUUCAGAUCCUGCAGCAGCGUCUUCAGAUCCUGCAGAUCCUCCUGCAGCGUCUUCAGAUACUCCUGCAGCAGCAUCUUCAGAUCCUCCUGCAGCAGCGUCCUCAGACCUCGUCUCCAUCAGAUCCUCUAACAUCUACGAUGAUGAGAUCUGGGAGAACUCUCCUAUGGAAACUGACUUUAUUUAGAUUAAAGUGACACAUGUGAUGUUAAUACUUUGAAAUUAUUUUCUAAGGACUUUCUGAUUUUCUAUAAAGUUAUUUUGGAUUUUGUAAAAUGUUGUACACUGAAGAAAUUAAAACUUUUUUUUAUUAUCAUGAAUAAAUCACAUCUCAUUUACAAACACUUUUAGUUUUAAAUAUAAAGAUUAUCACAUUUGA